GGGAGGAGGAGGGAGGGGGUGGGGGAGAGAGAAGGAGGAAGAGGAAGAGACGGCAAAUGUGACCUUUGACCCGGUCCGGUCUCCGGAAGCGGAAGUGACGACAAACGGCGGCGGUGCCUGUCCAGCGGCUGGGAGUGGGGAGUGUCUGCUCUCGGGAGUCUCCGCUGCUUUUUUUUUCUGUCCUCUUUUUUUUAAACCAAAAACCCAGUCUCCCCCCCCACCCCCUUUUUUAAAAAAAAUAUUUAUUAUUUCACGGACAAGAUGGGGACGCGGGAUGACGAGUACGAUUACCUCUUUAAAGUUGUACUUAUUGGUGAUUCGGGUGUAGGAAAAAGUAAUCUGUUGUCACGGUUUACACGCAACGAGUUUAACCUGGAAAGCAAGAGCACUAUCGGAGUGGAAUUUGCAACAAGAAGCAUCCAGGUGGAUGGAAAGACCAUUAAAGCACAGAUCUGGGACACUGCGGGUCAGGAGCGUUAUCGAGCUAUCACUUCGGCGUAUUACCGUGGGGCUGUUGGUGCCUUGCUGGUAUACGAUAUUGCUAAGCACCUCACUUAUGAAAAUGUGGAGAGGUGGCUGAAGGAACUGAGAGACCAUGCGGACAGCAACAUUGUCAUCAUGCUGGUGGGGAACAAGAGCGACUUGCGUCAUCUCCGAGCUGUGCCUACAGAUGAGGCGAAAGCCUUUGCAGAAAAGAAUGGGUUGUCCUUCAUCGAAACCUCAGCUUUAGAUUCCACAAAUGUAGAAACGGCUUUCCAGACCAUCCUAACAGAAAUCUAUCGCAUUGUGUCUCAGAAACAAAUGUCAGACCGGCGUGAGAAUGACAUGUCUCCGAGCAACAAUGUGGUGCCGAUUCACGUGCCUCCGACCACUGAGAACAAACCAAAGAUGCAGUGCUGUCAAAACAUAUGACGUGACGUUCCAAUGGAAAAGGGCUCUCUCCAUUCCCUGAGUCUCCAUAUAUUUACUGUACCUGUGUAACGCUUGCUGUUUCCUGUUUUUGUAAUUCAGAAUUUGCUGAUUAAUGUGACCAUUGUCUUAAAAACUUAUGUUAAACUGUCUUUAUAUAAAUGAAAUGCAACACGUUAAAUUAAUGUCAGCUGUGAAGCAUUUUUAUAUUGUAUACACACACACACGGGCAGUGUAAAAUGGUAAAACCAUUUUGUAAAUGAGGUCAUCAUGUAAAGUAAUGCUAUUUUUAAACGGUGUUAAGCAAUAGGGCUCGAUUGAAUGCGAUACCAUGCAUAUCUUAUUGUCUUAAAUACAUUGAUAUGAGAAUCACAACUUCUUGCUCAGAGCAAUAGCUGCUUGUUUGGGCUGAGCAUGCUCAUGAAGUGUGUGAAACACCGAGGGCACUGCUUUAACCAAUGUCAUCACUAAUUCAUUUGGAUUUCUUUGUCGUGUUUCUCAGUAUUCAAUGUAAUUGUAAAUUUUACUCCUGUGUAUUUAUGCAUGUACUCUGAUUGUCUUCUUUUUUAAUUUUCAGUUAUGAUUUAAAAUAUUAUAUUCAAUAUGUUUCAAUCCUAAUAAAAGGAAACAAAAGGGGA